AUGGCGCUCUGCAGAGAUCCUCCCUGGAGGGGGGCGGGGACUCUCUUUCGCCAGUAUCCGCCGCCUCCAUCGGGCGCUGACCGUCAUCCCCGUGAAGCAGACUGUCGUCUCGGCUCGGCAGGAGGGCGGCAGGUGCGCGGCCCUUUCGCCCGUUCGGUGCCCAGGUGUCUCUCUUCUGCGCCUGCUCUUUCGUCGUCCUCGCCGCGGCUGUCGCGGCUCUCUGAGUCUCCAGGUUGGGCCUCUUCGGGCGCUUCCGCGGCGCCCUCGCCCUCUGCCGGCGCUGCUGCAGAAGCGCCGCGGCCUACCCACGCGUGUCUGCGCAAAGUCCCAGAUGCGGCCGCCGAGGCCUUUCUUUCUUAUCCCUCACCCUCUCCUGCGCAGCCGAGGCGGCGGCAAGUGCGGGCGGACCGCCACUUCGCCGGUUCCUCCUGGCGGCAUCUAGGCUCUCGCUCGUGUCCCUCUUGCGGCUCAACACCUGCGGCGCCGUCGUCGCUUGCCGCGUCUAGUCGUGGCGCAUUUCCCCGCAUAGACACCCCCCAGCUGGCGCUCCCCACGGGUCUGCGCGCCUCGUUUGGCAUCGCAGCGGAGUCCGUCUUCCCGGCUGCGUUGAGCAAAGCGCCGGUCGGAAAGAGAGAGGUCGACAGGCUCUCGGGCUCUGCCGCACUCGCGCUAGGAAGACUACACAACGCGCCAGAGAUGCUGAGCCUGCUUGCAGCGACCAGCCCUGCAGCGGGCGGCACAGGAGUCAAGGAACCUGUGGGUCUCUUCCAGAGGUUUUUUUCGCGCGCCGUCUCGGCGAAGGCGCCGCGAGCGCCGCCAGCCGCCGCUUCGUCUCCUCGCGGGCGGACGGCGGCCGUCCUGAGGCGUCUGCUGUCGCCGCUUCUCUCGUCGCGGUUCGCAGCUCCCCUCGCGCGCGUUUUCUCGUCGCUGCAGGCCGCCUCGCGGAUGCGCUUCGUUCGCGGGUCGCUCGCAGGGACGCUGCUUGGGGCCGCGGUUUUUGGCAGCGGCGCGUGGAUUUUCCGCUCGUGGCUGACCGACACGCAUGCGCUGUAUACAGAGACCUUCGCCUUUCAGGUCGUUCGGCUCUUGAACCGCUACGCGCCAUCCGCGUUGGAGGCUGAAGAGAAGGCCGAAGAGUUCCGCCGGGAGAACGAGGAGUUAAACGAAGAAUUCGAUUUGAACAUGACUGAGUCCUUCGGGCUCGACCAGGGCCAUAGAAUCCAGAACGCGUACCUGGAUCUUCCUUCGCUGUCGCGACGCGCUGAGGACAGAGAGGUUCAGGCGCAGCUAGCAGUCUCCGCAGCACAUCUUCCGCCGCCGCCUGCAGAGCCGAAGCCGCUCCCUCGCCUCGACGAGAACGAGGAGCUGAUUCAGGAGCUGCGGUCGCUCUACGACGAAGUCACGCGCCGCAUUCCGUUCUUCUCGCACGCUGUUAAGCUCGACAUGCUGCAGACGACGCUCGAGAGCUUGAUUCAGGUCUCCGGCGGAAGCGACCAGGCCUACACGAUUCAGUUCACUCAGCUCCUCCUGACCUACACCUUUCAACUCGAACCCGUGGAGGUCGCUCGCACGUUCCGAAAGAUCUUGGAUGGCAACAAAGACAGCAGCAACUGCGUGAACGUUUUGCUCUUGGCCGAUUGUGUCGUUCGCGACCCUGCCCUCCGCCGCGCCUUGCGGCCGCCCUGGAUGGCUUUUCUCCACGGGCACACCGAACAGUCUCCCGAGGCUGAGGUCUUGACGCGUAAAGAGGAUCUCUACCGCAACUUCGUGCGGUAUUUCUUGAAGGAAGUCUUUGCGUGCAACCUCUUUGGGGCGUUCGACUUUUCUUCCCCGACCGCCGACUCGGACGGGGGCGCGCCCCCCGAAGACGACGAAGAAGACGCGCGCGCGGAGGAGCUGCUCGGGUCUGCGAAGCUUUUUCAAACCGAUCAAGAGCGCAUGCAGCUCAAAUGGCUCGCGGCUCUCGCACGGGCCGCGGAGCGCCAGGCGCAGGCCGAGGAGGCGCGCGAACAGAAGCGCCUCUUCGAGCUGACCAGACCCGCGGGCGCAGGCGAACUUGCCGCCGCGGAGGCGGAGAGUCCGCAGGCCCACCAGGAGGCGCAGCAAAGAGACACGGCGCCCGAAAAGGGUCCUGAGCCAGCAGCUGCGCGACACGGAGACGCCGACGACGCAGCGGCAACCUACGAGGUCUCGCUGCGAGCGGCCAGGGCGCGCCUCACCAGCGCGGACGCGGCGAAAGCCGCAGCGGGGGUGUCAAUGGGCCUUCCGCUCGGUCUGCCUGAGGGCUGGAGGCUUCUGUCGCUCUCGGCGCGGCAGGCCGCCCGCAUCGUAGCCAUUGAGGUUCGCGACUGCGAAGAAGUCCUCGAGGAGGAAGCGGCAAAGAGAAAAAAGGCGAUUGAGGACUCCGACGGCGAGACAGACAGCAACGCCGAGCUCAAGCGCCUGCUGGAAGUGACAAAGGACGUUUUCUUCUGCGGGGCCGGGCGGCUCCUCGAGGUGACUUUCAGCCGAGAAACUGACGACUUAUUUCGGCCUCCGCUUGAGGAUACCAUCAGCCAAGCCUCGAAUUUCUUUGCAGACAGCGUUGGAAAUCUGUAUCGCGACCUGGAGCGCAAAGCGCAGAGUCCGGAGGAAGAAGCUGUGGCGCGCGCGAUGAUGGAAACGCCGCCCGAUCCUGGCGAAAUCGCCGAGGAGCACGCGUUGAAAGAAGCAAAGGAGGAGAAGAAAAAGGAGUUCCAGCAGAACUGGAAGACGUUUCUCUCAGAGUUGACUCAGAAGAAGGAGGAGCUCAAGGAGCAGCUGUUGCGAGCCGAUCCGCAGCUUCGCAGCCGUGGCUCGUCCCCCGCGAAAUUUGCGUCGUCUGCGCUCAGCGACGACGACGAAGUCUCUCCGGAGAAGUUCACGAAGGAAAUGCUUCUUGCCGAGAAGGCCGCCGCCGCCAGCGCGCGCGCAAAGCACCUUGCGUCUGUGCUCAACAUGUACCACGCCCGCGACCGCGCUGCGUCAGGAGUCGCUUCCUCGUUUUCGUCCUCUGAAGCCAAGAGCAAGGCGAGCGCGGCGGCGGAGGCCGCCGCCUUCCUCGCCUCGCGGGGGCGAUCGGGCUCGGAGGGGACCAAACAGACGGAGGACGGAACAGACGCCUCUCCAGUUGACGCAGCCGAGAGACAGAGAGUGGCGAAGAUUGCCAUGGCCGCGGCAGUGGCGAGAGCCAAACACGAGGAACGAGUCAACGAGGGCUACAGCAAAGAGGCCGUGGAGGCAGGUCUGCCCCAGAGACACAGUGAAAAGGCGACGAGAGCUCUGCUGGCGCUGCUGCAAGAGCUGGAGUAUCGUAAAUUCGCGGUUAAGAAGCAGGCGUCGCGACAAAAGAGUGAAGACGGCGAGCCAGACGAGGCUGAAAUGGACAAGGCGUUGGGAGGUCUAGACGAGCUGGAUGAAGACGACGAAGGGGAAGACUCCGACGACAGAAGCCGGCAAGCCUUCAAACGCGCCGAGCGCGAAGAAAAGAUUCUUCAGCGGCAGCGCGCCCUCAUUGAAGCCUCAAAAAUGAAAGUGGAAGGGGCCACAGAAGCUGCGCGACAGCUCACAACAGAAAUUCUCGAGGAUGAGAGGGCGGAGAAGGGCGUCGGCCGGAACGCCGCCACUCUCUGGUCCGGCGACAACGAAAGCUUGCAUGUCGACACGGGUGCGGAGUGUAGAGGCAGAAGAAAAGGAAGCGCCAAAGAGGACGCCGAGGGAGAAAAGAGAAAGGGAGGGCUACCGCCGCUCAAGGCGGGGCAGAGCAUGCAGAGCUACCUGGACCAGGGCUACACUCUCGUAUUUAACACUCCCUACAGAGCUGAUGAGAUGCUGAGAAUGAAAGGCAUGAAAGACGGGCUAGACAUCGGCACAGAUCUCGGCGACGGGGCAGAUGUAGGCGACACCGAGGAAGAAGACGAGGAGGACUUUGGGUGA